AUGGCUAUCGACAUUGACAAUCUAGUCGCGCAACUCACGCUGGAAGAAAAGAUUUCAUUUCUUGCCGGCAAAUCAACAUGGCGUACUGCAGAGGUGGAUCGCAUUGGCAUACCUAACAUAAAGUUAUCUGAUGGCCCUUCAGGAGCUCGAGGUGAAAUUUUCGGAGAAGGCGUGCCUGCUGCCUUUCUACCAUCUGGCGUCAGCCUUGGUGCAACAUGGGAUGUUAAUAUCCUUCGAGAGAUGGGCGAAUUGUUGGCCGAAGAAACCAAGUCCAAGUCUGCAUCUGUCCUUCUUAGCCCUACAAUUUGCCUGGCCCGGAAUCCUCUAGGUGGUCGCAACUUUGAAGCCUAUGGAGAUGACCCAUUCCACUCCGGCAAGCUUGCUACUGCUCUGGUGCAAGGAAUACAAUCGCAGGGUAUCGGAGCUACAUUGAAGCAUUACGUCGGGAACGAUUCAGAGCUCGAUCGCUUUCAUGGCAAUAGAGUUAUCCCAACCCGUGCACUAAGGGAAUGUUACUUGAAGCCUUUUCAGAUGGCUGUUCGAGAUGCUGAUCCAUGGUGUAUGAUGACCGCGUAUAACAAAGUCAAUGAUCACCACUGUGAUAGCUCCCGCGAGCUGUUAACUGAUAUCGCCCGCAAAGAAUGGGGAUGGAACGGUCUGUUUAUGAGUGACUGGGGAGGUACUACAUCGGUAGGGCCCUCCAUACAGGCAGGUCUUGAUCUAGAGAUGCCUGGACCGCCAUCUAAGAGAACACUCGAGGCAGUAAUGGCUCUCAUCAAGGCAGGAGAGGUGGAAAUCAGCCAGAUUGAUGAAUCAGCAAGGCACCUACUUGGUCUUCUGGAAAGAAGCGGCCGUUUUGAAAACCCAACGGAUAACGGUGAGGUCUGUUUGAACAAGCCAGAACAAGCUGCGAAGCUUCGUCAUGCAGCGAGCGCAGGCAUCGUUCUACUGAAAAAUGAGAACAAUGCGUUACCAAUCCGACCAAAUGAUGAAUUUAAGAAGAUUGCUAUCGUCGGCCCCAAUGGCGAAAGGAUCGUCGCAGGCGGUGGAGGAAGUUCCUACAUCAAAGCGCCUUACUGGACUUCGGUGCUUAACAGUAUCAAAGACCGUUUCGGGGGAUGUAAGACUGAAAUUGCCCAUCAUUCUGGCGCACAGGUUAACCGUUAUGUCCCGACUUCCCCCUCAACGCAAUGUCGAGACCCGGACACAGGAAUAGGGGGAGGUGCGGUUGAUUGGCGGCAUGGGCACGAACACGAUGACCUCUAUUUUAUGUCUUUCGGUGACCGCCCGCGCGAGAUACCGAAUGAUUACGACUUCAACUUUGCCGUCCGUACGAUCCUCAAGCCAAAAACUACUGGUCUCCACCGCGUAUCGCUGGCAAGUAUUGGUCCCUCGAAGUUGUAUGUUGAUGGCAAAGAGGUGCUGUCCGAAGGUGGCGAGCUACGUGAAGAUGCAACACUAUUCUUCACCUAUGGUUCCCCGGAAACCAUUUGCGAUAUUCACUUAAACGAAGGCCAAGAGUAUCAGAUUCGUAUCAACGGUCAUUCACACGACCGACAGCUCGACCGAUCACUAGAUGAGCGCAUACGGCCAAUGGAGAAUAAGUUCGCCGGGAUUCGAUUUGGAUACCAAGAAUUUGAGACAUCGGAUCUUCCGUCUGAGGCUGCACAGGUAUGUCGCGACAGCGAUGUCUCCAUUGUUGUUGUUGGCCGAGACAAGGAAUGGGAGACUGAGGGUCAAGAUAUCCCUCAGUUUGAGCUACCCGGCGAGCAAUGUCGAUUGAUCGAGGAGGUCGCAAACGUAUGUCCGCGGACCAUAGUUGUUGUUCAAGCUGGGACGCCUGUGAAGUUGGAACCUUGGAUACAUAAAGUGCAGGGACUUCUCUAUACCUGGUACCAAGGGCAGGAACUUGGAAACGCUGCAGCAGAUGUUCUUUGCGGUCUGUUCAAUCCCAGCGGGAGGCUACCGGUUGUUUACCCUCAGCGCAUUGAGCACAGUCCUGGUACAAUGAACCCAUUGGAACCCGGUGCUGAUACGUCCAGCCUCUAUGCUGAAGGUAUUCAUAUAGGCCACCGGUACCUGGAUUUUCUGAGAUUGGAGCCAAUGUUUCCCCUGGGCUAUGGCCUCUCGUAUUCGUCAUUCGAGCUCAAGGACGUGAAGAUCGCCAGGUCUUUGCUAACCCCAGAGCAAUCCCUCAAAGUGCAACUUAGGGUCAAAAAUACCGGUGGAAAUGAGAUCCCCACCGCCGAGACCAUUCUCGCUUUCUUCUCGCCAGCCUCACCCCCACCACUCAGCAUGCCGUUGAAAACUCUUUGUGGAUUCACGAAGACCCCGAAACUUCAAACUGCACAGGAAUGUGAAGUAGAAAUAGAUAUCGAUGCAUAUAGCAUGGGCAUAUAUGAUCCUUUGCUCAAGCAAUGGAUCGUACCUUCAGGUGUCAAAUUCGACAUAUUGGUAGGAAAGAAUUCUAGGGACGCAAGCUGGGUUGGUCAGGUUGAAGUUCAGCAAACAAUCACUUGGGUGCAUCGGAUCACAUCCGAUAGCACCAAGUGA